GGGGACGUUAGUUCGGAUCGCAAGCAGCCCUCGAGAGGUUGUGUCGCCCGGCCAGGCUCCGUUAUUUACGCCCCUGUUGUUUAUGUUUCUUGCUUCGCUCGGAUGUGAAAUGUCAGCUAGAUGUGCACCGCGUGUCGUAGUUUAGUCCCGCAACUCGUGUCUCCGCCUCAAGAGAAAUGCUCCAGAAAGUUUUCGCCGAGAAGACGUGACGUCGGAUGGCAGACGAGGAGUUCGCCGAACUGGCGGAGAUUCACUUGUCGAAACCGUACGGGGAGCGAGAGCGGGAGGCGCAGUGGGGCGGCGGCGGGAGCGGGGGCUUCGGGCUGGGGCUGGGGAUCGGGGGGCGAAGCCCGAGCAACAACACGGGCUCCCUCUCGCACCAGCGCUGCACGUCGAUAUGCACACCGCAGCUGGCCCGAGCGGCCGAGGCCGAGGAUAUCCUAGGGUCUUACCGGGCCGGCCACGGCGGGGCGGCCGCCCGGCGCUCCGGCAUGUACUACUCCCCGCCGGGCACCUCCUACACCAUCGUGGAGCGCGCCACGCCGGCCCCGCAGAACAAGCACCUCCGCGGCUCCUACCUCGGCACCGCCACCGGCCCCGGGACCGGAGCCUCCACCCCAGCUCACCACACUCCGCCGCCCGCCUUCUCAACGGCGCACACCAAGAGCAAGCCCAACAAACAGAGCGCCCUCUCCCCGGAGCAAGUCAUCAAGCUCCUCGGGGGCAGCACUUCGCACAAGGGCUCCCCCGGCCCUGCCGGCCCCCCCGGCAGCCCCCCCGAGCGCGAGAGACCCAUCCUCCCUCCGCCGCCCACCUUGGAUCAACUGACCACGCGCACAGUGAACAUGUCCCGCUCUGCCGACGCCGGACACGGCUUCGGCAUCUGCGUCAAGGGAGGCAUCAAAGACUCAGGAGUAGGCGUUUACAUUUCACGGGUGGAGGAGGGAAGCGUGGCAGAAAGAGCUGGACUCCGGCCAGGCGACUCAAUUCUUGAAGUGAAUGGAACACCUUUUACGAGCAUAUCCCACGAAGAGGCGCUUAAGGAGUACGUGGACGAUUCAGGUUACGCUUCAAAACCUCGCAAUUCGGAGAGUCUCAAAGCGAAAAUUGCUGAGAUGUUGAAAUCGAGUAGACACCUGAGUAUGACCGUGCGAAGUCCGAACACGCCAGUACAAAAUUCAUUAGGAAGCAAUCAAGGUGGAUUAUUUUUACUUAGACAAAGUUAUUCUUGGAUGGAUCGACAAGGCAGGCCUUGCUCGCCGCCUCCGGAAUAUCAGACACCAGUUCAGCCAAGUCAUCAGAAAUUUUACCCUCGACCUCAUAAGGAUAAGAUUAGAAAGGUUGAAUUAAUUAUCGAGCCCGGUCAAAGCCUUGGUCUGAUGAUUCGUGGAGGAGUUGAAUACAAUCUAGGUAUUUUUGUAACAGGCGUGGACAAGGAUUCCGUAGCGGACAGGGCGGGAGUCUUGGUCGGUGAUCAGAUCCUAGAGGUGAACGGACAGUCAUUUUGUGAAGUAACGCAUGAUGAAGCUGUUGGGACACUGAAGCACUACAAAAGGAUGACACUCACAGUCCGCGACUGCGGUAAAGUUCCUCACUCUUGUACCUCGUAUGACACUCGCCAAACAUCUGUCCGGCACAGCACGCUGAGUGGGAAAUCUGCAGCUAGUCAAAUGGUGGACGAAAAAGCAAGAAUAGUGUUAAGAAAAAGCGAGUUUUCAACCCUUUGUUAUUACUUAGAAGAAUACAAUGCUCAAAGAAUGUCCGUCGAAUCGUUUGUUUCGGUUUUGACAGAGUUACUCAACACACCAGACAAAUACACAUUGCUAACGGAGCUGCGGGAGGUGGUGGCACCUCAGGAUCGAACUAUGUUUGAUGAAUUAGUUUAUGGCCAAGGUCUCAGGGAUAGUAGUCACACAAAUUCACUUUCUAGGAACAGAGUAGAUGCUACUCAUUCGUUAUUACCUGCACAGCUGCAGAAUCCUCCUGGGCUGUCGGACUUUCCGAGGCCCUCGAAAUUUCCUAUUGACUCAAUGACUGGAGCUGCCUAUAUCGAGCCUGAUGAAUUUCGAACUCCAAGUGAAGAUUCGGGCCUAGGCCUUGGUCCUCAUGAGUUAGGCAACGGCCAUAAUAUUAGUGGUCGCAACUUUAAUUUCCUGGGUGACACGCGGAAAUCUCCCUCUUCAUAUUUUGGACGUAGGCGUACGUCAGAUCUCGCUCUUUCCAAUGAAGCUGAUUUUGACCCACAGGGUUUCGGUGAUUUAGAUGGUGUAGAAUUUACCUCAAAUAGAUCAAGAAGACGGUCAAGUUUAGAUGAAGGCUUAUCCAGAUUGCAAGAUUCUCCUCAUGGCGAUGCCAACAUGAGCGGCUAUUUGGAUGGGCUGCGAUCUCAGUUGGGGGGCUGGACUGAGAAAGUGAAGUCGUGGUAUUGGGGCAAUCCUCUACUGGCAAGAUCGCACGGUCGCAACUACGGUAUCAGUGAUGAGGAGGAAUUAUUAUUAGGUGGUGAUAAAAGGGAAGAUCAAUGGCACAGUAGACCCGAAUUAAAUAAUUCCAUUAUGGAAAAUGAAGCUCACGUUGUACCUGAUAAUCAAGGCAACCUACGAAUUAAGGUGAAGAAAACAAAGCCGCUACUAGGAAUUGCCAUAGAAGGAGGAGCUAACACGAAACAUCCUUUACCUCGCAUCAUCAAUAUUCAUGAUAAUGGAGCUGCUUUUGAUGCGGGUGGUCUGGAAGUUGGCCAGCUUAUAUUAGAAGUUGACGGCCGUAAAGUAGAAGGGAUGCAACAUCAAGAGGUAGCAAGGCUGAUAGCGGAAUCUUUCGCUAGAAGAGAUGUAAAUUAUAUCGAGUUCCUGGUGAUAGAGGCCAAAAAAUCAAAUCUGGAGCCAAAACCGACAGCGCUUAUUUUCCUUGAGUCAUAGCUUUUAUUUGCCCAGUGCUUUAUGAAUUUUUAUCGUGAUAUUUUUUGUUUUUGACUUUAAGUUUGAAAAACUUCUCUUUUUUAUGUUUUAUUUUGUCAAUGAAUGCUGAAUAUUUAUUCAACUACUAAAUAGAUGAAAUGAAAGAUUUUGCAAUUGAAGGAGGGAGAGCAGUCGCGUCAGAGGAGAUGUGAUGUCACGUAUCUUGAUUUCCGCUGUUGCGUUUCAGCCGAUUUAGCUACAGUAUACAAUUAUCGAAUCUUUCAGUUUAUCAUCACGAAAAUUGUUUAACAUUUUUCCCCGGUAAAACUGAAUCGUCCUCCAACACGCCUGGUCGAAAUGUUUGUAGAACACCCCUCUAUUGUUUGGUAUCUAUAUCUCAGUUUGAAAAUUUUGGAGACUGUUGUAUAUCUCAUUAUGCCAAACAAACAAACAAAAAUGGAGGAAGUUCAAAUGAAAAAGUUGGGCAGUUUUUAGUGAAUACGUUUCAAAAUCAAA